GCUCCGUCUUAACAAUCUUUGUUGUGCACUGUGCACACAUGUGCUAGCAAGUUGUGUCAACCUUCCAGUAAAAGUUAAACCGUGGUGUACUUUAAAAAUUAGUGGGUGACAUUUGGACUUGUAGCCUGAACAUGGUUCGCUGUUUUGCACCCUGUUGUAAUCAUUAUUCUGAUGGUGGUAUACGUCACCAUUGUAAAUUUUACAGGUUUCCCACAGACGACACAACGAGGCGUAGAUGGGCCCGUGUCGUAGGACGCAGUGGUCGACAGCCUUCUAUCACCUCCAGAAUUUGCAGUUGUCAUUUCCCAGAAGGGAAAGAAAGGGGUCCUACUCUUUUCAAGAACAAAGAUGGGACCAUUUGCAUUGAUCUUAAAAUACCCAAAUACCGUCCUGUUAAGAAGCCUGUUUGUGCUGUAGAACAACCAACUACUCAAAAUGUUCUUCCUGUAGAAUCAGUGCGUUCUGUGAAAAUGGCAUGUCAAAAUGGCAAAAUGUGUAAUGGCGAGGCAGUCAUAAUGAAUUAUAUCCCUCCCGUCGAGUCCGUUCAUAUUGUAUCACCAGUCUUAACCAAGAUUUGUCCCAGUGUUGGCACUCAAACAUAUAGUCAAGUCAAUAUUCUUCUGGAAACGGAGCUGAAAGAUGUCAAGGAAGAGCUGAGAGUUCUAAAGCUGAAGCUGGCCAAUGUUAAGAGCCAGUACACUCCCUCUCGACUGAGUGACGAGGUGGUUAAGAUGGAGACAGGCCUUCCAGAUAGAGACUGUUUUAAUAAAAUUGUUGAAUGUGCCACUAGCUUGGAGGGCACCGUCAGCUACUUCGCUGGUUGGAAAGUUAAAUGCCUUAGCGUUGCAGAUCAGGUGUUUCUUACUUUGAUGAAGUUAAGGCACAGUUAUAAAGACUUCCACCUUGCAGCACUAUUCAGUUGUAGCAAAGCAGUCAUCAAAAAUGUAGUCAACACAUGGACGGACAUUAUGCAGGCACUACUUCAGGACGACUACACAGCUACACCGAAAGGCUCAAAAGCUCAGAAGAAACAGAAUAUACCACUUGUCACAAAUCCGAAUUCAAUGGUCAUAAAUCUGAAUCUACAGGACACAAAUCUGAAUCCACUGAAGACAAUUCCAAAUUCACUGGACACAAAUCCGAAUCCACUGGACACAAAUCCGGAUCCACUGGACACAAGCUUACAAAUAGAAUCAACAAGUGAUCACAUUUUUGUCUUCCCAUCCCAUCCCAUGCUAAAUUGUAUGUUCAAGAAUUUUGAAUUUCCCCAUAAUAUGGCUCAAGUGAACAUAUGGUGUUCUCAUUUGAGCACAAAACAACACAGUUAUAUUUUACCUUGUGUAAGUAAAAGUCUAAUUAAUUAGUAAAGUUCUGCCCUUGGA